CGCAAAGGACAGUUCAGUGCUCGUUGUUUUGUGCCCCGCCGCACUGCAAACUUGACGGACCUACAUGAGGACUGCGGACCGAUAACUUUAUUGUUGUGCUCGUGGGAAAUUCCUUACACUUUGGAGGUUGAUUUGUGGAUCAUCUGGAACGGAACGCAGCGUAGUUGUAUCUGUUUUCAAAGACCAUAAUGGCUGUGUUUCCUAGACAACUGGAUUUAACAUCGCCUUGACACCACAGUUUACAGCUGAACUCGAAGGACUCAAACAUCUCAUCAUUUCAUCUUUUUAUUCAGUUUUUCUUCCUGUGGAUUAUUCUAAUAACACGGGUAGACUUAGAGGUCAACAUGCCUAUCCUCAAGCAGCUAACCUCGAGCCAGUCCAAGCGUCGCUCCCGGGCCGACCUGACCGCAGAGAUGAUCAGUGCCCCCCUGGGGGACUUCAGACACACCAUGCACGUCGGUCGUGGCGGAGACGCUUUCGGCGACACCUCCUUCCUCAGUACCCGUUCUGGAGAGCCCCCUAAAGAACCGGCUCACGAGAUCCAGCAGAGCUCGCCCGGUCCAGCCCCCAAACCAGGCCUACUGUCCCGCACCUUCAGGAGCAGCAAGCGCUCGCAGUCGGUGAACCGAGGCGACAAGUACGAGAGCAACGCGCUGGCGCCCCCUGGCAACUCGCCGACCUUUGUAAAAAAUGCCAUCUCUCUGCCCUACCUCAACGACGAAGACGCGGGCAGGAUGGUCGGGGGUCAACGGAUGCCCAAGAGCGUCUCUUCCAGCCCUAUGAAGAUAUUGCCAGAGAUCGAUGGAGUCGGCAAGCCAGUCAACGGCGCCGCGGCCGCAAUGGACCUGGAGUUCAACGAGCGGAACUUCGGCGAACUGACUGACCUGCCGCCGUCCCACCCUCGAGGUGGCGGGAUGAAGCAUGCUGAGUCCAUCAUGUCAUUCCACAUCGACCUGGGGCCCUCCAUGCUGGGGGACAUCCUUAACGUCAUGGAGAAGAAGGGCUGGGAGGAGGAUGACCUGGGGUACGAGGAGGGGAAGUGUAGCGAGGGGCACGGGUCACCCACCCUCAGCCCCCCCACCACCGAGGACGAGGACCAGGUGGAUCUGCAGCCGCCGACGAGGCCGCCGCGAAGCGUCUAUCCCCAGCAGAUCAGGACCGACCCCCCGUACACCCCUCCCAGGGGCCACCACCACCACAGCCACCUCGACAGCUGCUCCGUGUCCUCCUCCGGCUCUGCUGCUCUGGAGGAGAAACCACUGAACAACCUGCACGAGGGGGACACUGACAGCGCCAAGUACAGCUCCCCAGGGGGCCGGGGGGAGGACGACAGAGACUUCUCCUUCAUGGAUGAGGACGAGGAUGAGAUCAGAGUGUAAAACAAGGACAUGGCUGUGACACCACCCAUUGUGGUUGGUAAGGACACCAGAAUGUUGUUAAUAAGGACAUACAGGCCAUGUUUAUACAGACAGGCCAAGUCCCAGAUCCCAUUUCCAGUCAUUGGUCUUGACCAACCAGAUCUUUUCCUGUCAUCAAAUCUGAUUGGUCUAAAGACAUAUUAGUGAAAACCAAUAUAUAUGAAUUGACCUGCCUGUGUAGAUGCAGACAGAGGACUUUUUUUUAAGCUGGUAGAUGGAGAGUUUUGAAGCUAGUAGACGUCUGACUUGGGAAGGGUGGGUUCUGGGACAGGGUGAAAAUAGAAUCACAUCACUACAUCUCUGUACCUACGCUAUUCUGCCAUACCUCCGGAAACAACUAUAUAAUCGCACACCAUCUGAGCCUUAUUCACUCCACUGUGGCCAAGUAUGAGUCUGUCUGACUCUCCGUCCGUCUGUCUGUCAGUCUGUGUGUGUGAGUGUAUGUUUGUUCCACAGUUCAUGGAAACAGAAAUGCCUGUCCCAUGAGUCCUUUUACUGUAGCCUGUUACAGAAUUCCAGUGUCAACCACUAAAACUCAUACACACACACAGAGACACACACACACACACACACGUACAACACUCUGAGGCGCCAGUUAUCGGUCUGGGGGUUUCUUUUUGUUACAUUUUGAUCUGUCAUUAUCAUGAUCCAAUCCCAUCAUUUAAAUGAUGUCAUUACAGUAUGUUUGUCCUUAUAAGAAGGCAAAUGUCAAGGACCCCAACAGGUCAUGCCCAAAAGUAAUCGUGUCUCCCAUCCACAUGCCUAUGUUUUUCCAGCAAAUGGUUUCGCCUUUAUGAUUGCUGUAGUGACAGUACUUAUCUAUUCUGUAUAACGUGGGAGGAAAUGAGGAAGAUAAAGCCAACCACCGACCAGCAGUCGUGACACAGGCAGUCACAUUCUUUGAAAGCGGAAGUGUGAAGGCUGACUGAGAUCGCGGGAGGUCAACGUGUGAACUGUUGAUCAGUCACACUGUUGUCCUCCUGGAGGGGAGGUGUAAUGCGUGAGGUGAAGGGGUUUACGUGAGGUCAGGGACUGAACUGUAUGUUUUCCACACCGCUUUGGAGGAAGUGAGUGGGAAAGGAAAAUGUAAGUUACAUGAAGAAAGACAUCUGUAUCCCGGAGCCUGGCUGGCAUAACUGCUUAGCAUGGGGGGCCUCGGAUGUGGAUAUUGUUUGUGGGUUUGUGUCGAGUGAGAUGAGAUUAAAUUAUAGGUUGGUAAAAUGUUGAAAAGCUUAAAGGUGGUUAAUCCUAUGCUCACUACAUUGUGUGUACAUAGUUGACCUAGCAGGUUCAGUCGAUGUCAUGACUUGGUUGUUCAUUGUUCCAAUUAUUCUUCACCGUUCCUUAAAAUGGACCAGUACAAUAAACACUCUCUAUAUAUCCACUUCCAAUGAGGGACAUAUACUAAUUGUAUGUGCACUGUUGUGUUAAAGCUAGUUUGGAUUUUAGUUAUUUUCUAUAGUUAUUUUAAGCCUAAGGUACUAGCCUUCUCAUGAGGCCAUUUGUGUUAUAGUUGUUAGGGUAAGGAUCUUCGUUAGCUCAGAUUAAUGGACUUCGUAGAUACAGGCAUCCCAAAUCAACUCUCCCAUCACUCCCUAAAACACUAACUGUUGCAUGUACAGAAUCACACAUUUUCCUUUAUUUUAAUGUAUAUUUUGAUUGACUUUAGAGGUUAUAGAGACAGCAUUUUUAUUUAGAAAAUAAAAUGUGGCCUUUUUACGUUUUCAUGCUCAUUAGCGCAUAUAUGUUUUAGAAAACGAUAAAAAAAUACUUUCAUUCAAAAAGAGCAGAGACAAUGGGUGUGGCCAAGAGAAUAGUGACCUCAUAGAGUAGUUUGUGACCAUGUCUUGCCCAACAUCAAUUGCUUGUAGAUGACAUCAGGUUAGAAGAAAGAGCAGAGCGAGGAGGGAGGGCAGAUUUAAUAAGAGAACACUAAGUGACCCCCUUCUUGCCAUUGCGCCACGUAGGCCUUGGCUACAGUACAAGCAAAUCAACAGACCAUCUGGAUUCCCUCAACUCUCAUUCACAAACAGUUGGCUGAUUGGUCGGAAACCAAACCAACAACCCAUUCAUAAGUAACAUAUUUGGGAAAACAAGCAUCAGGUGUGUGCGUUCAGUUGAUGUCCCACAGUUCUGAAAUGAUUACUAAUGUAGACUAUUGCCUUCCUUAAGUGAGGAAAUAACAUUUGUGCCAUAUGUGACUGCAGGUAAAACCUGUUUUUUUUUUCCUGUCAUGGAGUUGUUUUUUUUGUUGGUUUUCCUGUUAAGGAGGAAGCACAUCAUCCAGUGGUGUAAGGUGAGGGAAGGGGAUUCAUUCUAUGAGGGGACAUCACCAUGUCAGAGAUUCACAUCUACGUGUAUGCAUUAGCUUACAACCAGGUGUAAAUGUGCCAAGUAUGUAUGGAAUAAUCAUUCUGUCAUCCUCUGAUGUUUGAAAUGAUCCCUUGACGUUUGAAAGACAAUUUUACACAACAGUAUAGGCUACUUAAAGCUCCAACCUCAAUUUUAUUUGUAAAUGGGCCAAAUUUCAGAUUGCAUUGUUAUUCUUUUUUCUAUUUUAAACCCUGUUGUUUGUUCCAUUGUUAUAGAAAAUGUCCAUGGAAACAGGGCGGAGCUGCUCCACUGUGUUAGCUGUUCUUCACCUAUACGGCUUAUUAAGAACCUUUAUUUUCCAUCAGACAAACUCCUUUCCACCCACCGCCAUUUUAUUUGCUACUGAAGUGACAUAGACACAUUCUAAUCGUGUCGUUCAUAAACAGCGACUAUUGCUAUGUUUCGCUAUAGGCAUUAUGACAAAGUAACGCUAAUGUACUGUAAGAGCCAUCAGAAAGUCAAGUGGCUAUUUACUCCUAUAAGAUUGCAGUGCUCUGGCCUGAUGUCAGUGUGGGGUGUGAUAAAAUGGGAAAGGCUUGUAAAACAAGGUCUGGCUCUAAGGUUCAGAGGCGUUUUUUUGUGGCUGUUUUUAUAUUUGCCAAGUAUGUCAUACCUUUCUUCAUCUCCCCGUCUCUCUCAUUCUACUGUAUAUUAAUAUAUAUUUUACCACAGUCACUCUUCUCUUUGAAAUAACUGCUAUAUUUUUCAAUAAAAAAUAAAGCUGGUAAUCUUUACUUGGAA